ACAGAGACACACAGACAGGUGAGCUGCGGCCUCUCAGUUAGUGUCAAAGAUCAGAGAAAUAUGUCGAAGCUAGAGACCUUGCUGGAAGAUGGACUGAGAUCAGAGCUAAUGCUCCAGCAGCAGCUCAGGUCCCUGAGUGAGGCCCUCAAACAGCAGCUGCAGGAGACAGAGAGGAGACUGAGAGAAGAGCUGGAGAGGAGGAUUCAUCACGAUGCUCUCCUUUCAAAAGAUGUGUCCAGUGAUAAAAAUGAACUGACCAGACCUGUAGGACUGAGAAGAUCCACCUCUACACCAGCCCUGCCCUCUGACAAAGUCUCAAACCAUCCCAGACAGUCAGAGAGGCCCAACUCAUCUGCUCCAGCCUGGAUAUCUUCAUCAACCUGGAAGCAUUGUUCUGAUAGGACUUCCAGGCCAACCAGGGCACAACAGUGUGAACGUGCAGCUUUAUUUAAAACAACACAGAUGAAGAAAGAGGAGGAGGCUGAGGCCGAGUGCCAGAAGAAGUUCUGUGCUCUUCCUGUCCCCAACCACGUCAGUCUGCCCCUCUAUCAGGAGAUGAUGGAGCUUAGAGAAAAGGAGAGGAAGCAAGGCCUUGAGCAGAGGAAACACUUCCUGCUCUCUGUACAAAAACCUUUCAGCUUCCAGGAGAGAGAGAAGGAGAAGAGGGAAAAGCUGAUAGCAAUGUUAAACCAAGUCUCACAGGAUCAAAAAAACAAGACUGCCUCUGUUGGGAAAUCUCUUCACAAAGGAGUAAAAGACACAGAUCAGGAGCUUAGCAGCAAAGUCCCCGUUCAGACUACGCAACAUGAGAACCCCACUGCCUCCGGGAGGCCGAGACUUCGCACUGCUGAGCGCACCAAGAAGGAAAAGCUGGGAUUUCUGGAUGAGAAGCCGAGCUUCCAGCCAAAAAUUAUCCAUCAGGUCCCUGAUUUCAGCAGGCUGCACAAGGCCUUGCAGACAGAGGCACUGAGAAAAACACAGAGUAAAGAUGUGACCAGGUGUCAACCCUUCUACCUGAGGACAUCAGCACUCCCUACAAGGCAAAGUAGGCUGAGCCCUGAAAACUCACAGGUUCCAAAUAUAAGUAAACUUGGUAGAAGCAAGUCAUUCGGGGCCUUAACAUCACUGUCUACAGACACACUCCCGACAUACAUCACAGACGCUGCAAGGAAGCGCUGCAUGGCCAUCAGAAAAUCAAUGGAGAUGAGGGACAGUAAGAAUCAAGAGAGUGCAGACUGGUUGAAGAAGUACCAACUGAGGUCUCAAGCCAUGAAGAGGACAGUUGCCCUUCAUGCAAAGCUGCUGGAUCCACACAACAGCUUGAAAGAAGUAUAUAAUGAAAAACUGCAACACCAUCGGGAAGCUGACCAACAAAGGAUGAGAGACUACAUGAGGGAGUUACGGGACAUGAAAGCACGAGUCAGUGAACGCCCUUAUUUGUUCGAACAGGUGAAACAGAGAAAUGCAAAGGCUCAUGCAGAGCAGACAUACAGGAACAAGCUGAAGAAAGCCGGAUUAAAAGAGCAAUUUGUUGAAGAAAAUGGAGAAGCAGCUGCAAGAGGCUCGACCUCGUCCGUUUCUGAAGAUGAUGUGAAUGACUGCAGCAGAGAAAAUGACAUCCAUAGCAGCGAUACAGAGGAAGAAAAUGUAGACGACGGGGAGAAAAUUGAAGAUGUGGAAGAGAAGAGCGUGAAGUCCAAAGGGGAUGAAAUGCCAUGAUCAAAAAGGUUCAGGCGGCAUAGAGUUUUUUGUGGCCUCUCCACUAGAAAACAACACUGUCCUCAAAAAUGAUUCAUGUCACGGCUAACUAUCCGCACCAAGCGGAGCUUGUUUAAGAUGUGCAACUAUAAAUUAAGAAAUUACAAAACAUCUGGACUUCACAAUAACAAAUGUUAGGUAUUACAAAUGGAAAGUUUAGAGAACAGUAUAUGUUUUUUAAGUAAUUAAUAUUUUAUAUGCUUUGAGUUUAACACUAGUAUAUAUUUCAAGCAGAUUAAACUGAAAAUAAGUUUUGCUAAGUAAUAUGAACACUGUAAUUUGAAGACUUGGUUACCAGAAUAAACAGUUCAAAAGCAAAAUGA